AUGCAUGGGGGAGAAGGCAGGCCAGUUCUUUAUAUUCAAAGCACACUGGCCGCGGGGUUACGUUCUCGGCUGCAGCUCCGGCUGGGGACGGCAGGCUGCAUGCAGGCCGGUACCCUGCAGCUGGGGGUGCGGGGUGCAAACACACGCACCCCCAUUAAGAGUCGUGUUUUUAUUGAAUGUCCGAAUUGGGUGGACAGAGCCCCGCGCCGGGGCAGAGUCCGCACCCGCCCCGAGGAGGACGAGGACAAGAGGAACAACCGGAGCCCCUGCGCCCGGAGAGAGCGCCCGAAGUACGGAUCCCCGCCCCACUGGGCGAGCCUUGCUGGAGCGAGCCGAUUGCUCCCGGCCAGGGGGGAGACCACGACCCCCCCUGAAGGGGCUGGCCACGGAGCUCACCCCGAGAAGCGAUCCCCCCUCCCCAGGGCGCUGCUCCUGCUGCGGCUGCGGCGGCGGCGGCUGCUGCUGACCGAGGACGACCUGGAGCAGUUCGCCAAGCAGUUCAAGCAGCGGCGCAUCAAGCUGGGCUUCACCCAGGCCGACGUGGGGCUGGCUCUGGGCACGCUCUACGGCAACGUGUUCUCGCAGACCACCAUCUGUCGCUUCGAGGCCCUGCAGCUCAGUUUCAAGAACAUGUGCAAGCUCAAGCCGCUGCUGAACAAGUGGCUGGAGGAGGCGGACUCGAGCACCGGCAGCCCCACGAGCAUCGACAAGAUCGCGGCCCAGGGCCGCAAGCGCAAGAAGCGGACCUCCAUCGAGGUGAGCGUCAAAGGCGCGCUCGAGAGCCACUUCCUCAAGUGCCCUAAACCCUCGGCGCAGGAAAUCACCAACCUGGCCGACAGCCUGCAGCUGGAAAAGGAGGUCGUGCGGGUCUGGUUCUGCAACCGGCGCCAAAAAGAGAAACGCAUGACGCCCCCGGGCAUCCAGCAGCAGACGCCGGACGAUGUCUACUCGCAGGUGGGUACCGUGAGCGCUGACACGCCGCCGCCGCACCACGGGCUGCAGACCAGCGUGCAGUGAAGGCCCGGGGGGCGCGCAGCGCGAAGAGGGCCGCCGCCGCCACCUCCGCAGCCGCUGUCAGCACCGCCACGGUCGCCGCCGCCGCCGCCGCCGCCGCCGCUGCCGCCGCCGCCGCCGCUGCCGCCGCCGCCGCCGCCGCCGCCGCCGCCGCUGCCGCCGCGCAGACCCAGCACCUGGCCCGGGCCAGUGCGUCUCGGCCGCCUCCCCUCCGCCCAAAGACAGGCGUGCCACGGCCCAUAGGAGGGAGGAGAACGACUGGGGAGACACCGACCGAGGAGACUCUUUUUGAAGUCCAAGGAUGGAGGGACCAAAAAAAAAAAAAAAUAAAGCAUAAUAAAUACCAAGACUGUUUUAUAUGCAUAUAUAACAAACAAAACCGGAAGAAGAAGGAAAGGGGGCACCCGGGACAUCUCGUUUAUACUCUGGUGGUGUUUUGUUUCUGUUUUGAAAGAAGGUUGAAGAUGCCUAACGCACCGAAACUGCACUCUUGAGGUACUGUCCACCCUGAGAUGUCCUUCACGGCAGCGUCGGUGGAGAACACCUGCUUCUUCCUCUCCUCUGAGACAAGAGAGACACCCCCCUCCCUUCCUUCCACUUCUUCCAAAAGGGCUGCCUAAAAGAUCCAUGGAAACUUUAUUGGGAGCGACCUGAAAAGAAAGACGGCACCAGGUUUCGUCCAGGUCUGACUCUACUCCAGGACAGUGUUUUUCUUGGCCAUAUUAAAGUCUUUGGGGAACAAAUAAGUCAACUAUGAAAUGGGAAGGAAGGAGAAACAGAGUCUGGGGAGGGGCGGGGGAGAGUCACAAUUUCUGAAGUUCACAGACUGAAUAGGAAAGCCAAAAGAAAGCAUCCUCGCAGUAACCUUGGAAAUAAAAGCAGCAGCGCGAAAGAGCCCGGGCUGAGCGAGGCUAAAAGGCCAGGCGCAUCCAGCCGCCAGUGAAGAGGGCACAGCAGCCAGGGCCAGGGCCCAGCCUAUGAGCCGGCCCAGAGAGGCCAGGCCACCGCCACCGAACCCGGGCUUUGCCGACUGCCACUCGGGGUGGACCCUGCCUAAAGAUUCCACCGCUAAUAUUUUUUUUAUUAACAUUUUUUUAUUUUUUAUUUCUGGACUGACUCCGAAUAAAAGGGUGUGGAAAGACAGCACCAGCCGCCGCACUUCCCUUGACUUCUGCCCUCAAUCCGUUGCCAACUUUGAUUGAAUGGGUGCUGCGGAUGUGAUUAUGUAAUACUGCCAUUUCCAAGCAGUGUUUUUGGUAGGUUUUAAUAAACAGACUUUUCAAAUGACGGCAAUAUAGAAUCGUUAGAUCCGUUGUUGAUCUAAAAAUAUUUGCUUUAUAUUUUCAUUAAAUGACUUCUUUUAAUAUUUUAUUCAGAAUACUUAUGAACUGCUGCAAAACGGUAAUUUAUUUUUCCCCAGAUCUUGUAUUACGUGUUUUUUUCAGACGAGCACAAAUCAAAAUGAAAUGAAAAUAUGGACAGUUGUUAGGUAAUAAGGGUAUCUUUUGAUGUGAUCCUUUGAUUGUAAUUUAAUUUGAGUAGUGAUUCCGUAAGAGCUGAUUGAGAAAAUAAAUUUGUUAGAAUGAAA